CCGUAUCGAAACAAAGUGAGUGGAUCAAAUCGAUUUAAAAUUUCGAUCAUUUAGUAUGGCAGACACUUUUGGAAUGGUCCAUCCUGAACUCGAGGCGUUCGAGCAACCCAAUUUAAUGUCCCAUAUCACAAAGACAUUCAAACUGGUAGAUGAAAGACUCGUCAAUAGCGAACGAUUGAUCGAAGAGCAGCGUAUCCUUAUCGAAGAGCAGCGCAUCAUUGAACAGGAUAUUGACGUGCAGCGAAUCGCCCUUGAAAACAAUAGAUGGAGACGAGCUCAGCGAGUUCAACGAGUUCACGCGCGAGAUAUUGCUAAUUUGCAAAAUUCAGUAGCCGACAUGCGAGUCUGGAUGGACGCAAACGCGGGCGAAUCCCAUUCAAGUCCUAGUGCAGAUCGUCCUAUUCCUAGCGCAGAUGGUUCCGUUCACAGCGCAGACCGUCCAACUCCCAGCGCAGACCGUCCAACUCCCAGCGCAGACCGUCCAACUCCCAGCGCAGACCGUCCAACUCCCGGCCCAAACCAUUCACCUCUUGCCGCAAGAACUGUACGGAUCAAUGAACGCAGAAGACACUCCCUUCCAAAAUAGAGUGCGCCAUUACCUGGCGACACUGAGACGGGCGAACUCUUCAUUCCAAACCUCCAGUCACUACUGGACAGAGGAAAGAUUUCGUGACCUCAGAAAUUUUCUUUGCUCCCCACAGUACCGUCAUAGAAUUGAACGCUCGAGUGCUUCCAAAGUCAUUCGAAACUUCCGCAAUUUCCUUGAUAGCCGUCGCGUAUAGGUUCAAAUACACUUCAUCAUAGCAGGUGAGAAAACACUUCAGCCAUAGUCGACUUGUCGACAAUAAACUAGACUUGGCCGGUACAAUUUUACAAAACUGAAUGGUGGUUCACACAGUAUCACUGAGGAAUACGUAUCAAACGAGAUCCC